AUGCGCUUUGUCGUUUCUGCAUGUAUUGAUAGUGCGAUUGCCAAGCGUCGGGAGCUCUCUCGGAAACUGACGUGUCGUCGUUACCACUCGCCGGCCGGAAUAAAGUGGAACCCGAAGUUUAACGAAAUUCGUCUCUUCUCGUCCGUGAUGUUGAAGCAUAGUGAUAAAGGGAAAUCUCCAUACGGAUCUCGAAGUCAUCGAUUAGGAAUUACUUUCGUUGUUGGGAUCUUAUUCGUCUCGGCUCUGUUAUUUUGUUUUAGUAGCAAGAAUCAGGACUCGGAAUUGGAACUACGGAGGCAGAUUACGAACAGCGUCAAGCCUGAAUUGCAAUCUCAUUCUCAUCCAACAGUCGAGAUACAGAACGGGACGAAUCUGAUAUGGAAGAUACCGAAAUCACCAAAGGCGGUUCUGUUUAUAGCUCAUGGAUGCCAUAGGAAAGCUUCAGACUUUUGGGACAAAUCGUCAGAUUGUCCUCAAUGUACCGGUUUACCAGAGGAGAGGCUUCUGAUUCGAUCUGCUCUAGCUCGGAGAUUCGCUGUGUUAACUGUAUCCAGUGCUGGAACUUGCUGGUCGUUGGGGAAGGAGAAGCUUGUUGUUGAAAAUGUGAUCAAAUCGUGGGUGAAGAAGCACAAGCACGAAAGGCUUCCUCUCGUGGCGUUAGGUGCUUCAUCUGGUGGCUACUUCGUCUCUGCUCUUGCAACGGAUUUGAAGUUUAGUAGCAUUGUGCUUAUGAUCGCUGAAGGAGUCUUUGAUCAGAUUAGUAUCAGUAAACAGUAUCCUCCGACUCUCUUUGUGCACAUGCCUAAAGAUGUGUAUAGACAACAGAAGAUCAGAGAGUUCUUGGAAGGUUUGAGAAUGGAAGGUGUUGAUGCUGCAGAGAUUGAAUGCAUGGAUUUGCCGCUUUCUCCUGGUUUCUUGGCGGAUAGGAUUCCUGGUCUUGAUCGGGGUGUGUCGGCUAAACUGUUCAAGUUGUUUCGAGAGAAGGGGUUUGUUGAUGAGAAGGGAUACAUGAAGCGUGAUGGAAGGAGAACACCGUGGAAGCAAGCUCUGAGUGGGUACAAGAUAUCACUGGAGGAAAGCUUGGUUACUCCUGUUGAAGAAGAGCUGAAUCUUGCAUUUGCGUAUCAUGAAAUGACGAGCUUGCAGUCUGAACAAAUCUUUAGCUGGUUUGAAUCUCAUAUGGGCUAA